AUGGUGGCCAGGGGUCCCAACUCAUCCGGAAGCGGCACAGCGGGAAGGUCGGUGGGGGAUGUCGGCGGUGGAGUGAGCGAGUCUGGCCCCCGGGCAAGGACCAGGAGUCCGUCGGUGGCAGUUGCUAGCGGGUCCGGUUUGGGUCGUGGAGGAAGGAGCGAGCAGCAGCCGGGGCCCUCCGCAUCCAGGUCACGGGCGACAGGAACGAGAUCAGAGGACGCCUCGCCUGCACGGAGCGCGGUCAGGUCGGAGGGGGAGCUGUCCGGGUCGGAAAGCGGAGAGGACUCGGGACAUCUGUCAGCGGUGGAUGGCGGUGCAGCGGCUCGGGGACCCAGUCCUCGGCAGCCCGAUGGUGAGCCCUGUCUGGUCUGGAUCUUUGGGCAUUCUUAUGUGUCUUGGGGGGCCAGGCGGGCCGAGGUGAGGCCUACGGGUAGACAGCUGGGGAUUCCCACUCAGGACGCAAAGGUUCGGUGGAUUGGGUUUCCGGGAAUGAUGUGGGGCAGGGUUUUGCCGGAGGUGCUAAAAUUCACCCGUUUGGACAGGGCCCCCGACAUUCUGCUGCUACAUGUUGGGGGUAAUGAUAUGGGGUCCAGGUCCAUGCAUCAACUUAUUAGGGACAUAAAGUGUGAUUUCUUGAGAUUGCGCUCUUUGUUUCCCGGCAUGGUGAUCAUUUGGUCGGAGAUGGUGGGUAGGUCAAAUUGGCGGUGGGCCUGGUCAGUAGACAAAGUCAACAAGGCCCGUGUGAAAGUGAACAAGGAGGUGGGGCGUUUCGUGGUCAGGAAUGGGGGAUUAGUCGUGAGACACAGGGAGUUGGAAGAGGAGACUUGGCGUUUUCUGAGGAGCGAUGGGGUCCACCUCAAUCCGAUAGGCAUUGAUUUGUGGGCCUUGGGUCUGGAGGAAGGAGUACGUAGGGCCCUUUCGGUGUGGAGGUGCACGCAUGGGUAA